AUGCACGUGUCAAAAUUGCAAGCAGCUUUCGGUGCUCGGUUUUUUUUUUUUUCUUUCUUUCUUUCUUUCUUUCUUUCUUUCUUUUCUUUUUUUUCUUUCUUUCUGUCCGUUCAGUCCAUUCUUCUAUUUAGUUUUGUUUUUUUUUCUUUCUUUUUUCUUUCUUUCUUUCUUUCUUUUAUUUCUUUCUUUCUUUUUUUCUUUCUUUCUUUCUGUCCGUUCAGUCCAUUCUUCUAUUUAGUUUUGUUUUUUUUUUUCUUUCUUUCUUUCUUUCUUUCUUUUUUUCUUUCUUUCUUUCUUUCUUUUCUUUCUUUCUUUCUUUCUUUCUGUCCAAUUUUUCAAUUUUUCAAAUUUCUUUCUUUCUUUUUUUUCUUUCUUUUUUCAUUCUUCUUUUUUUCUCAAUCUGUCACUGUUUCUUUCUUUCUCAUUCACCCUUUCUUUCUCAAUCUGUCACUGUUUCUUUCUUUCUUUCUUUCUCAUUCACCCUUUCUUUCUCAAUCUGUCACUGUUUCUUUCUUUCUUUCUUUCUUUCUUUCUCAAUUUUUUUCUUUCUCAAUCUGUCACUGUUUCUUUCUUUCUUUCUUUCUUUUUUUUAUUUAUUUAUUUAUUUAUUUCUCAUUCCCUCUUUCUUUCCCAUGCUUUCUUUCUUUCUUUUUUCUUUCUCCUACUCUCCUCCUUCUUUCUUUCUAUUUAUUUAUUUAUUUAUCAUUCUAUCUUCAUAUCUCAUUCUUUCUUUCUUUCUUUCUUUCUUUCUUUCUUUCUUUCUUUCUUUGUCAUUCUUACUUUCUUCUUUCUAGUUCUUCCAUUUAUUCGUUCUUUUUUAUUUUGUCUUUAUUUCUCAUCCCCUCUUUCUUUCACCUUCUUUCUUUUCCUUUCGUUCGUUCUUUCUUUCUUUCUUUCUUUCUUUCUAAUUAUCAUUUUCCUUCUUUCUUUCUUUCUUUCUUUCUCAUUCUCCUUUCCUUUCUCAAUAUCUUUCUUUCUUUCUUAUUUUCACUUUAUUUAUCAUUCCCUCUUUAUUUAUCAUUCUAUCUGCUUUUACUUUCUUUCUUUCUCAUUCUCUUUUUCCUUCUUUCUUUCUUUCUUUCUUUCUUUCUUUCUCAUUAUCCCCUUCUUUUUCAAUCUCUUUCUUUCUUUCUUUUUAUUCUUCUACAUAGUUCCUGA